AUGCCCUUCGCCCCCAGGUACGAGCUCUACUUCAAGGCCUCGGACCGGGCGUGGGGGCAGCAGGACGUCCCAGCCAACGUGACCGUGGGCGUGCGCUAUCUCUCCCCCGACGCCCUCGCCCAUGCCGUGCCUCUGACGCUCACGCCCACCACGCCCUCGGCCCUAACGCGGGGCUGGGUCCCUAAGCAAGGCGGGGGCGGCCUCGGUGUGCUGACGAGGGCGGUGCUGCAAGUCGCGGGCGCCGACGCGGAAUUCGUCGAGAUCGUCAGCUUGUUCGGCAUGCAAGGGAACGGCGGAACGGACCAAGACUCCCCCAACGCCUUCGUCGACGCCGCCUGCGUGUGGUUGAGUGUGAGAGUGAGCGGAGGAGGCUUCAUGGAUCCCGUGAAGCUCCAGGGGCUUCUGUCGCUCAAUCUCCCUUAUGUGAGUAUUUUUAGGGUGAAGCUUGAGAAACUGAUGAAGCUGCGCGUGGCUGUGGUGGACGCGGGGCAAGACAGGCAGAGCGAAACAUCAGCCACGUCGUCCACCUCGAGGAAUUUGGACCCUCAAGACGCCCUCGGUUCCUACAACCCUUCGUCAGUGGCGUCCUUAGCCUCCACUGCUCUCCCUCUGCAAGUCGUGGAUUCCAACAUCACCUCCCUGGUGACGCCCCGGAUCACCCGCGCCCACGACUGCCACGCCCACACCCGCUAUGAGAAGGAUACUUGCACGUCUUGUCUCAAUGGCGGGCGAUGCAUGAGAUCUCCCGAAGGACAUAACCGUAUGUGUAAUGGACUGUGGGAACUUUGUGAAUUCAACUUUGCUUACGAGUUUAGUCAGAGGUGCAUCUGCCCCGGGCGCUCGUGGGGCUCUCGCUGCAAGAUCCUCUCCCGCUCCUUCGGCGGCUCGGACUGGGCGUGGCUGCGUCCCCUCCCGCCCUGCCUCCCGACGACGCUCUCGCUCCGCCUCCUCACGCGCCGCCCCAACGCCCUCCUCCUCUACACGGGCCCUCUGUCGCCCUCCUCCGCCCGCACGAGCUUCCCGCCCGCGCCCAUGAUGGUUCUUCAGCUGGUGGAUGGGCGCCCGCAGCUGCUGAUGGAGGGUUCUCGAGGCCCCGUCAGGCUGCUGGUGAACACGACGCUGAACACCGGCUCGUGGCACACUGUUCAUGUUCACCUGCACGCGAAGGGCGUUGCUCUUAUGAUUGACUUGUGUGGACGUCAGUGGGCCUCAAAGGAAACGGCCCCGAGGAGCCCUUGCAUCGCUCGCUCUCCGUGGGCGGAGCCUCGGAAUACGGAGGGGUGGAUGAGCAGCUUGCCUCUGCAGGUGGGCGGGAUGGCUCACCCACGCCCGCAGCCCAAGGACUUCGGCUGGACUGGAGGCGCCCAUCUGCACGAGGGGCUGCAGGGGUGUGUCUCGCACCUGACUGUCAACGGAGAGGUAGCGAUCAGAAGCUUUUUGGUAGUCUCUGUGUCUGUCGGAAGGAAGCUGACUGACCUGGGCGAGCCGGCCUUCAGCAGCGGAAGCAAGUCCGGCUGCGCCCUCCAGGAACAAGCCUGCCAGGGGCGUGGAGAGGACCAGGAAUCCUACGUCGGGAGGUGCGGACUCCAAGGGCGCUGUGGCGGUGGCCUCAACGCCCCCACAUGCCAGUGCGACCCCGGGUGGGCGGGGGACCUCUGCGCCACGCCCACUGUGCCGGCCGCCCUCGGACCCGGUUCCCACGCUACCAUAGCACUGUCCUUUAGUCCGGAUCCCUACGUCCUCUCGGUCCAGCUGAGGGUCCGGACACGCGGGAGGACGAGUGGGCUCCUACUCAGGACUUCGGAUGAUCGCCGCGCGCCCGCCCUGGCCGUGCACGUGAGUCCUGAAGGCUCGCUGCGCGACGGCGUGGUGUGCGGGUCUCUGGAGCAGGCGACGGGGCGGCAGGAGACGUGCGUGGAGGGCUUUCCUGUAGGAGAUGGUGCCUGGCACGCUGUCACGGUGGCACGACAUGGCUUCAACUUCUUCACCGCGGUCGACGACGGUGAAGGUUGGAGGAGGAACGAGAGCAUUGCGUCCCUCGCCAAAGGGUCUCCGGACGGCGCUGACGGGGACGGGACGGGCAGGGAGUCGUCUCGGUUCUUGUCCUCGACGUCGCCCACGCCCACGCCCAUCAAUGUGGAGCGGGUGGUGAUCGGGGGCCUGGCGGAGAACGUGGACGCCAAUAUGGUGUCGGUGGAGGAGGAUUUGAGUGAGAGCUGCAUUGACGACGUCCGCAUAUCUGGCCACCCUCUACCCCUGCCACCUGCCUCCAACGUGACCAAAUGGGGCGAAGUGACCACCUCUAACCAGCUGGGUCGCGGAUGCCCUGGACCUGACCUCUGUGCCAAUACCACCUGUAUCCCACCCCUUACAUGCCAUGAUUCAUGGAAGCUCGCCACCUGCAGCUGCGCCCCCGGUCAGCACCUGGUGGGGAGAGUCUGCCAAGAUAUCGACGAGUGUGUCUUCCAGCCUUGUCUCCACGGAGGAACCUGUUACAACCUCCUCCCCGGCUACCACUGCCUCUGCGGCCCAGCUCACGUCGGGAACAACUGCCAGUGGACCAAAGUGGCUCCUGAUUCAUAUCCACUUAUGGCACAUGCGGCCCUGGCGCUGCUUACUCUGUCGGUGCUUCUGUCGGUGGUCCUCCUGGUGCUCCUCGUCCUCCGGCACCACUAUGCUGACGGCGCGACAUGUGGCGAUAUGUGUCGAGAAGGCUGUGGCGACGGGGAAGAUACAGACGCUCCUGUAGUAGUCGAGGAAGGAGGAGGAGGAGGAGGAGGAAAAAGAGGAAGAAGAAGAGGUCACAAGCGCUGUUCUUCCUCUUCUCGUGGUACUAAGUUGCCUGAGGGAGAGAAAGUCCUCCUUCAGGAACUUAAGAUGGAGGAAGUACCUGGCACAGACCUUCCGCCAUCUUCCCUCGUAGACAAGAGCCCUCACUCCCUCACCCCCGGCGGCCGCCCCAUGAACCAAGCCCACGCCCACGACGCCCAAAGCAAGCGGGACAUUCGCGCGGCGCCCACGGGGGGAGCGACGCCCGGGGGAGAGCGUGAGGCGAGAGGCGAGGGCGGGGACGACGGUCGGGAAGCGAAGGACGCCCUCCUGACGGCGGGGCGGUCCUCCUCUCCGGGCGGCGGGGGGCAGGAGGGGCGUCCGAGGGGAGGGAGCCUGACGCUGCGAGGGGGCGGCGCCAGGGGCAGGCAGGUCGUCCUCUGCGCCGCCGUGGGGAGCGGAGAUAGGUCGUCUCUGUCGUUCCUGACGCACGACGACCUCAGGGCCUACGCGUACGAGGGGGACGCGUCGCCUUCAGGGUCCCUCACCUCGACUGUCAUGGGCCUGAGGACGAGAUCGGUCGAGGAAGGCAGCGUGAAGCCCCUCUUGGUCGAGUACGAGGAGGUACUUGGCCUCUUGAACGAUCUCCCGGACGCCUCCCGCCCCCAUCAGAUCCCCCAGCCACCUCCUGAAGCAGAGGAAGUCCUCCUGAAGGCGACGACGACGACAACCAGUAAGGAGCCCUCCGCUGUUGCCACAUCUGAAGACAAGGCGAUGCCCCUGAACAGCUCGAAUGGUAAAAGUGGCAACAGUGAGGAAUGUGCAGGGAGUCUAACAUCCAGAGCGGCGAGAAAAGGAUGGAAGAGCGUGUUUCCUUUCCGGUAGGGGAGAGGGAGAGGGAAAGGGAGAGGGAGUGAGAGGGAGAAAAUGAG